UGCUCGCUCAGUGAAGCAACACGCUCUGCUAUAAAUACUUGAAUCGUAUCCGAGGCUCUGCUGGCAGCUCACUGUCUGGAUUCACUUACUGUCCUGGGGACACUCGCACAUCCACGCUGUGGGCGCUGUGUGUUCGAGCUGCAGACGUGGUGACCUGGUGGAUUUGAUUUUCACAGCUCUGUGGGACGCUUCCCACCACAGUUUUUCUCUCGUUUGGGAGGAUUUCUGCUUUCUUUGACACUGAGCAGUCUCUGGUUGUUGGACUGAGCAGCUAUGGGAGACUUUUGGGGGGGCAUUGCCAGUCAGAGGGUGGCCCGGGCCAUGUCUCUGGGGAAUGAUGAGGAGGCCGUGCUGGACCAGGGCAAGACCAGCUCCACCCUUUACACCAACUUUGAGAAAGAGGAACUGGAGAGUCACAGGGCGGUGUACGUUGGCGUCCACGUUCCGCUGGGCCGCCAGAGCCGGAGAAGACACCGUCACCGCGGACAUCGACAUCACAGGAAGCGAAGAGAGCGCUCGGAUCGGGAGGACGGGCGAGAGUCGCCGUCAUACGACACGCCGUCUCAGAGGGUCCAGUUCAUCCUCGGCACGGAGGACGACGACGAGGAGCACAUCCCCCACGACCUGUUCACCGAGCUGGACGAGCUCGCCUUCAAAGACGGAGACGUGCAGGAGUGGAAGGAGAUGGCCAGGUGGCUGAAGUUUGAGGAGGACGUGGAGGACGGCGGCGAGCGCUGGAGCAAACCCUACGUGGCGACGCUGUCGCUGCACAGCCUGUUCGAGCUGCGCUCCUGCAUCCUGAACGGCACCGUGUUGCUCGACAUGAGAGCCAGCUCCAUCGAGGAGAUCGCAGACAUGGUCAUCGACAGCAUGCUGGCGUCCGGUCAGCUGGAGGAGGGCGCGCAGGAGAAGGUGAGGGAGGCCAUGCUGAGGCGCCACCACCAUCAGAACGAGAAGAAGCUGAGCAACCGCAUCCCGCUGGUCCGAUCCUUUGCCGACAUAGGCAAGAAACACUCGGAGCCAAAUUUACUGGAACGCAACGGUCUGCUGGCGUCGCCUCAGUCGGCCCCCGGAAACCUCGACAACAGCAAAAACGGCGAGAGUCGCGGCAACGGCGGCAAUGGCAGCCGGGAGAACAGCACGGUGGACUUCAGCAAGGUGGACAUGAACUUUAUGAAGAAGAUUCCUCCUGGAGCCGAGGCCUCCAACGUCCUGGUGGGUGAAGUGGACUUCCUGGAGCGGCCCAUCAUCGCCUUCGUCCGGCUCUGCCCCGCCGUGCUGCUGACCGGCCUCACCGAAGUCCCGGUGCCCACCAGGUUUCUCUUCCUGCUGCUCGGUCCGUUUGGAAAAGGUCCGCAGUACCACGAGAUCGGGCGCUCCAUCGCCACGCUGAUGACAGACGAGGUUUUCCACGACGUGGCCUACAAGGCGAGGGACCGCAACGACCUGCUAUCAGGGAUCGACGAGUUCCUGGAUCAGGUCACUGUGCUGCCGCCGGGCGAAUGGGACCCCAGCAUCCGCAUCGAGCCCCCAAAGAGCGUCCCGUCUCAGGAGAAGAGAAAGAUAGCGUCCUUCCCCAACGGCUCUGCCCACAGCUCUGAGAUGGGCAAGGAGGCGGAGCAUCACGCGGGACCAGAGCUGCAGAGGACGGGGAGGAUUUUUGGCGGUUUGGUGAACGACGUUCGGAGGAAGGCGCCGUUCUACUGGAGCGACAUCAGAGACGCCGUGAGCCUGCAGUGCCUGGCCUCCAUCCUCUUCCUGUACUGCGCCUGCAUGUCGCCCGUCAUCACCUUCGGAGGUCUGCUCGGGGAGGCCACCAAAGGGAGCAUAAGUGCCAUCGAGUCGCUGUUUGGCGCGUCUCUGACGGGCGUGGCCUACUCUCUGUUCGCCGGGCAGCCUCUCACCAUCCUGGGCAGCACGGGCCCGGUUCUGGUCUUUGAGAAAAUCCUCUUCAAGUUCUGCAGUCAGUACAGUCUGUCCUACCUGCACCUGAGGACCAGCAUCGGACUCUGGACCGCCUUUCUGUGCGUGCUGCUGGUCGCCACAGACGCCAGCUCUCUGGUCUGCUACAUCACCCGCUUCACUGAGGAAGCCUUUGCCGCGCUCAUCUGCAUCAUCUUCAUCUACGAGGCGCUGGAGAAGCUGGUCCGCCUCGGGGAGCUCUACCCCAUCAACAUGCACAACCAGCUGGACAACCUAACCUUCUACAGGUGUCAGUGCGCCCAGCCCGCCAACGCCUCGGCCGAAGUCCUGGAUGUGUGGAGCAAAAAGAACGUGACCCCGGAAAACAUCACGUGGGAUCAGCUGAGCUCAAAGACGUGCAAGGAACUCAUGGGGGAGCUGGUCGGCCCGGCGUGCAGCCACAGCGGUCCCUACGUCCCCGACGUCCUCUUCUGGUCCGUCAUCCUCUUCUUCACCACCUUCUUCCUCUCCUCCUUCCUCAAACAGUUCAAGACUAAGAGAUACUUCCCCACCAAGGUUCGAUCGACCAUCAGCGACUUCGCCGUCUUCCUCACCAUCAUGAUCAUGGUGCUGGUGGAUUAUCUGGUGGGAGUUCCUUCGCCCAAACUCAACGUGCCCGACCGCUUCAAGCCCACGUCUGAAAAUCGGGGGUGGCUGAUUUCCCCGCUGGGCCCGAACCCGUGGUGGACGCUGCUGGCCGCUGCCGUUCCCGCGCUGCUCUGCACCAUCCUCAUCUUCAUGGACCAGCAGAUCACCGCCGUCAUCAUCAACAGGAAGGAGAACAAGCUGAAGAAAGGGUGUGGCUAUCAUCUGGACCUGCUGGUGGUGGCGGUGAUGCUGGGCGUGUGCUCCAUCAUGGGCCUGCCGUGGUUCGUGGCGGCGACGGUGCUCUCCAUCUCCCACGUCAACAGCCUGAAGCUGGAGUCGGAGUGCGCAGCGCCCGGCGAGCAGCCCAAGUUCCUCGGCAUCCGAGAGCAGCGUGUGACCGGGUUCAUGAUCUUCUUCCUGAUGGGCUGUUCCGUCUUCAUGACCUCCGUCCUGAAGUUCAUCCCGAUGCCCGUCCUGUACGGCGUGUUCCUCUACAUGGGCGUGUCCUCGCUCAAAGGCAUCCAGCUCUUUGACCGCAUCAAACUGUUCGGCAUGCCGGCCAAACACCAGCCGGACCUGAUCUACCUGCGCUACGUGCCGCUGUGGAAGGUGCACGUCUUCACCGUGGUGCAGCUGUCCUGCCUCAUCGCGCUGUGGGCCAUCAAAGCCUCGCCUGCCGCCGUCAUUUUCCCCAUGAUGGUUCUCGCUCUGGUUUUCAUCCGGAAGCUUCUGGAUUUCUGCUUCACCAAGAGAGAGCUGAGCUGGCUGGACGACCUGAUCCCCGAGAGCAAGAAGAAGAAGGAGGACGACAAGAAGAAGAAGGAGAAGGAGGAUGCUCGGCGGAUGCUGGAGGAGGUGGAGGAGGAGCUGCCGUAUGACAGAGGAGGGGUCCUCAAUUUCCCAAUCAAAAACCUAAAAAAACGCGACCCAUCAGAGGUGAACAUCUCUGAUGAAAUGGCCAAAAGCGGCAUCUGGAAGUCUGUUUCCAAAAACUCCGACAGCAGCAAAGCUCUGAGGCGCACCUUCAGCCACGACAAGCUGCCGAGCGUCCAGAUAAACGUGGAGAACGAGAACGGGCAAAGAGUUGUGAACGCCGAGACGUCGCUAUGAUCCACCGCCCCGGGGCAGGAGGGUGAGGCGGGGGCGCUGCAGCUCCUCCGUGUGCUCUGAGGGAGGCGAAAGGUCGCGGGGGGACCAAUCGGGCUUCACCUGAGCGUGCCGUACUUCUGACUCUGCGUCGUCUCGGACGAGGCGGACGUUUUAUUUUCUCAUCGUUUUAAGGUGAAACACGAGACGGAAACGGCUUCUUCAGGUUUCUUCUGCUGGCGUUUUUUUUGUUUGUUUGUUUUUUUGUUUUGUUUUUUAAAAACUCGGGCAGUCUGUGAUUGGCUGCUGAAGCAUCAAACUGAAAAAGAAACGAGAAAAAACGGACGCCUGAGUCUCUCCGGAUGGAUGUUGUGAGAAACUUUAAUUUCAUGGUUUGAACUUUUGUUUCAGUGUUUGUGAAACGGGCGAAGCUCCGACACGUUUAUAUUUAAUCCAUCAUGCUGGUUUAGGUUUUUAUGUGUGUGUGUGUGUGUGUGUGUGUGUGUGUGUGUGUGUGUGUGUGUGCGCACGCACGUGUGGGGCGCGUGUGGUCUCUGUUGUACAUCACCUUGUUGCCUACAGCAGAAGAAAUGAAUGAUGUCACAGCUGCUGUUGUUGUAGUUCUUUGUAAAGGUUAAUAAAUCAGUUUGGUGGCGACGAUCACA